AUGCAUAUCACUCUGCACUUGGCAUUAGCCGCCAUAAUUGGCUUUGGACUUUCAGAAGCCCGACAACAAGAACAUGACAUAGCUUAUUACAUUCAUCCGUGCCAAAAGUCUGGCCCAAACAUAAAUGAAUGUUUGACUUAUUCAGCCAACCAUUUGACCAUGCACCUCCGGAAAGGAAUUCCCGAGUUGGGCAUCGAAGAGGUGGAACCCAUCGUGAUCGACGAAAUCAACUUGUCGCUGGGCUCCGGCCCGGACGGGUACAGGGCCACGUUCAAAGACAUCCAAGCGUUCGGCGUCAGCAACCUGACCGUCAACCAAGUCAGAUCUGAUCUAAAUUCACUGCAGUUCCAACUCACCUUCUCGAUCCCAAAAAUUUCUGCUAUUGCGCAUUACAGAAGUUCGGGAGUUCUUAUUAUGGUCCAAGCUACCGGCGGUGGUGAAUACUGGGGUGAAUACGAGGGAGUUAAAGCCAAAGUCUACAUCAAAGCCAGUGAAGUAGAACGUAACUCUCAAAAAUAUUUGCAUUUAGAAGAUUUGAAAAUGGACUUCAGCGUUAAAGAUAUUCAAAUGGGUAUCAAAAAUGUCCACAACGGAAAUGCUGUCUUAGAAGCCGCAUUGAACUUGUUCAUCAAUUCAAACUCACAAGAACUGCUCAAGGAAAUGAAGCCACACAUUAAAAAGAAGCUCAUGGUUGGCAUGAAGUCAUUCAUCGAUAACUUAUUCAGCAGAGUGCCUUAUGACAGUUGGGUCAUCGAUUAA